UGUGAUUUGCUGUUGCCCAAUAGAUAUUACCCUUUUUUCCCCUUCUCUCUCUCUUCCCUUCUCAUUUUAUUUUCCAAUUAACAAAUCCGAUUCCCCUGUCUCUUUGCCUCUUCUCUUAUGUUCUCCUUAUAAUUUAUAACUCACGCUCCUCCCCUUUCCCACCUUCCUUCCUCUCACAAUCUUCUCUCUUCUUCUUCAGGCAAACAGAAAACUAAAAUUAGAAGAAGAUGAAUUGGGUUUGUGAAGAGAUGAUGACCGCCGCCGACCGCCGUGAGCGACUGGUUUGCCCAAAACCCCGUCGUCUCGGUCUUAUGAAUGAUGCCGGCAACGACAACCCAUUUAGACACCGUUUUGAUUCAGAUGCUCUGGAUCUCCUCUUCUUUAAGGGUGGUUGUGGAUUGGAGAAUUUUAACAGUAGUAGUACACAAUUAGCCUCGUCGCCGCCGUAUUUUUGUGGGUCGCCGCCGAGCAGAGUAGCUAACCCAUUAAUCCAAGACGCUCGAUUUGGGGACGAGAAGCCAAAGCUGCUCCCCCUUUUCUCACCGGCGGCUUCUCCUCCGUCGUCUCCACCGCCCUCGGCCGGUCGGAAAGGUGGAUGUGUUCGGAUAAAUUUUGGUAACAACCCGGCGGUGAGGAUCGAGGGGUUUGAUUGCCGCCUAGACAGGGAGAGGCGAAACCGCAGCGUCCCUGCUCUGGCUUAGAAACUCGAUUCAAGCCGAGCUGAGCCGAGCUGAUUGAGCAAUGAUGAUGAUGAAGAAAACAAAACACAUGGAUUUUAAUUUUUUUUUCCCCACAAAUUCAAAUUAAAUAUUUAAAGUGAAAAUUUUGGAAAAAAAAAAAAGAAAAAAAAAAGAGAACCUUUUUGACCAAAACACCAUUAUUGUAAAUAAUGUGAAAAGUAAAUCCAAGUAAAUAUUAUGGUUAAAGAAAAAAGGGGCCUUGUUAGGUUUCUUUCUCUAUUUAGUUGAGUUUGAGGGUUGAGAGUCCAUGUUUGACCAAAUGAAGAAUAAAAAGGCAGAGGGAGGGAGAGAUUGAUUAUUCAUAGGUUUUUGUGAAUUGAGAGAAUUAAUUUGCCCUCUCUCUUUCUCUUCUCUAUUUUGUAAUAUAUGUAACUGUCUUUUUUUCUUUAGGAGUGUCCAAAUUGUUUCUUUGUGUAGUUUAAGGGCAAACUUUUUGUUGCAGCUUGAGAAUGAGAAAACAUGUACAAAUUGAAGCUGCAGAAAUUCAAUAUCAAUCAAGUAAAUCUUUAUUUUA